AUGGAUCUUGAGACACAAAAGCAGAGGGCUACGUGCUCAGGUAUGCCUAUCACUUUUACAGCGAACACCCCUCCACGACCACUUAGCGAUCAAUUGGGCGAGUCAUACGCCGCCUUUCACGCCGGUAAGCUACUUUUUAACGAGGAUAGGUCAUAUCUUACUAUUGGUAAUGAGGAUAUGAACAGCGAAACGCCGCCCCCCAUCAAUAUAACGUCGCCACAAUAUUUCAACAAACCCGCAAGUGCGGUAUUGGAUCAACUUUCCAAGGCUAUUCCAGAACAUUCCCGUCAUAAGCUUCAAGCCAUCUUCAAUAGCAAAUCGUGGCUUGAGCAGAAUGCUCCACUCAGCAGCGAACUAAUUCGGGCACUGAUUAUUCACAAGGACAAGAAGCACUCUUGCCCAUUUGUCAAUUGUGGAGCAUCGUUCCAGCAGUCCGCACGAGCGAAAACUCACAUUGAGGAACACUUCGGACAUAAAGGCAAGGCAUGUGGAAAAUGCGGAAAGACAUUUAGACGCGAGUCCGACAAGCGGCAACAUGAGAGGGGGCAUGGUCAGAAAUUCAUACCCUGUCCUCGUUGCGAGACUCUCUUUAAAGGUCGCAAGAAUAUGAAGCGACACUUGCACAACAGUUGCGUCCCGGCGGCUAGUGACUGA